AUGGAAGUGGAUUUUCUGGCUGCAUGGAAGAUUUUUAGGAAAAGUCGCACUUGUGAACAUGUGGGUGAUGUUGAAGAUGAAGAUUUUGAGAACUCUUGCACAAGUUCACUAAAGUUUGCAAAGAUGUCUAUCAGAAAGUUUCAAGGAAUCAGUACAGAAAAAUCUUUGUCGGCGCAAGAGCAGCAGGCUAAGAUCAGUGAUGUUAGGAAGAUACUAGGUCCUGUUGCCAAUAAGCUUCCAGUACUUUGUUCUGAUGCCUCAAUAUCUAGGUAUCUCAGAGCAAGGAACUGGAAUACAAAGAAGGCAUCCAAGAUGUUGAAAGCCACGUUGAAAUGGAGGUGGGAAUUCAAGCCUGAGAAGAUCCAAUGGGAAGAUGUUGCUCGUGAAGCUGAGACUGGAAAAAUCUAUAGAGCUAAUUAUUUUGACAAGGAGGGACGGACUAUUCUUAUCCUUAGACCUGGUUUCCAGAAUACAAGCGACAUAAAAGGACAGAUUAGACACUUGGUUUAUUGUGUGGAGAAUGCCAUCAUGACUUUAAAUCCAGAUCAGGAGCAGAUGGUCUGGCUAAUUGAUUUUGAAGGGUGGAAAAUGUCCUGCAUAUCAGUGAAGGCUGCUCGGGAAACAGCUCACAUCCUGCAGAAUCAUUACCCUGAGAGACUAGGCGUUGGAAUCCUCUACAAUCCCCCCAAAGUAUUUGAAUCCUUUUGGAAGUUGGUGAAACCAUUCAUUGAGCCCAAGACAUACAAGAAAGUGAGGUUUGUCUAUCCCAACGACCCACAGAGCCAAAAGAUGAUGGAAGAGCUCUUUGAUAUGGAUAAGCUGAAUUGUGCAUUUGGUGGAAGAAACUCAGCUGGGUUUAACUAUGAAACUUAUGCCCAAUGGAUGAGGGAGGAUGACAAGAAAAAGUUUGAUAUGAUCAACUCUGGAUCAUCAUCACCCUUACCAUCCAUCAUGUCUGAACCACAGAACUCGGAGACAUUGACUCCGAACUGUAUCUCUAUGGUUUCUGAUGAAGAUGAGUGUUCCUCUGGUGAUGAAAAAACUUUAAACUUGGAGAAUACUGAAGAAGAAACACAAGAUUUGCCACUUAGUUGCAAAGAUGUUGCAGGCGGUGAAGCAGUUGACGUAGCAAAAGAACUAAAGAAAGGAGAGCUGGCAUGA